UGAAAAAGAAAAAAAAAAAAAAAAGAGCGGGAGAAACUCUCUCACUCUCACACAAACUUCCACUGCACUUUGCUCCAUUUCUCUCACUCACUCUUUCCAGCUCCCACAAUGUCCGUCGGGGUUCGCCGCCUCACAGUGCUCGGCGAGUUCAAGCCCUUUGGCUUAAUCGCCGAAGCCCUGGACGGAAAGCCCGCCGAUAAUGUCACUGACAAGUACGAUUACUUUCUCUUCGACCCCGAGGUCGCUCGGGAAAGAGACGAAUCCGGCGAACAACACGCUUCGGGCUCCGCGUUUAGCGAUCGGAGCGAUCACGAGCUUUUCAUCAGAGGGAGCCGGAUAAUAUGGACAAUAGGUUCAAGAGUAUUUAAGAGAUUCACCUUGCCCUCCCCAAUUAUCAAGGUGUGCUGGUGUCGUCUGGGUAAUAUGGCUGAAGCUCUUCUCUGUGUCUUACAAAUUGAGUCUUUAACAAUCUACAACACAUCAGGUGAGGUAGUAUCUAUUACGCUUCCUCGUACCAUUGCAUCGAUAUGGCCUCUUCCAUUUGGUUUAUUACUUCAGCAGGCAGCUGAAGUGCAUUCACCAACACAUAUUCCUUUUUCAUGUUCAAGUCCUUUAUUAGGUGUACGCGAUGUACACCGUCGUAGGAGAGAGACCAGUCAUAGCCCACAACAUAAUCUCAAUUUUCUGAGUGGAUCUGAUUAUAAUUGUAAGGGAGACACUGGUUCAAUAUCUUCACAUCUAAUUCUGAAAGAUCCACUGGAGGAACCACAGUUGACUUUUAUUGAAGAGAGAGGAAAGUUGAACAUAAUGAAGGAAUUUGAUGAAAGAACAAUAUGGACUAGUGAUCAGAUUCCUCUGAUGGCAUCAUACAACAAAGGAAAGAUGCAACACUCGGUCUGGGUUGCAGAAGCAGUUAAUUCGAACCUUGAAUUGGCAAAUAGUAGUUCAGCUGAUGUAGUUCCUGCUGGUGUAUUACAAAAACAAUUCUCUUUCCGUAGAAUAUGGCAGGGGAAGGGUGCCCAGACAGCUGCUAGUAAGGUUUUUCUGGCAACUGAUAAUGACGCAGCUCCUGUAAUUUGUUUUCUUCACCAAGAGCAAAAGAAGUUGUUGUCUGUACGGCUACAAAGUGUUGAAAUUAAUAAUGAGAUUCUCUUUGAUAUAAAACCUGACAUGAGCUGGAGCAUACCUGCGGUUGCAGCUGAACCUGUGAUUGUCACGCGCCCUAGGGUUAAAGUGGGACAGCUACCGUAUGCAGACAUCUUUGUCUUGAAUCCAGAAAAUGCCCUUCUUCUUUAUUCAGGAAAGCAAUGCCUGUGUAGGUAUAUGUUACCUUCGUGUUUGAGUAAAAGUCAAGCUUCGCUUAAUUUGGAUUUUCCGGACACAUCAUCUGUGUCCCAUGACUUAAAGAUUAUCGGAUUGGCUGAUGCUGUUGAGGGACGUAUCAAUGUAAUAGUAAAUAAUGGGCAGAUGUUUCGAUGUGUAUUUCGAAGAAGCCCAUCAUCUUUGUUGGCAGAUGACUGCAUCACAGCAAUGGCUGAAGGGCUCAGUUCCAGUUUCUACGGUCAUUUUCUGGGUCUUCUUUGGAAAGAUGGCGACUCUGCCUAUUUAUCAAAUGCUGAUUCUAGUGUUAAUUUAGAAUGGGACUCAUUCUGUACUAUUAUUACUCAAAUGUGUAAAAGCUCUGUUGGCACUCAAGAUUCUGUAAAUUCGGUGCCACAGUCAUCUUGGGAGUUUCUUAUUAGCAGCAAAUUUCACAAGAACUACGAACUUAACUUGAUUACUGGAACUUCUUGUGAGAUGUCACUUGAUGUGCUGGGAUUUUUACCUAGGUCACAUUCGGAUGCUACACAAAGUUUGCAAAAAUCAUUUUACUCUGAAGUAUUGAUGGAGUGUUUGGAUUCUCUGCAUGCAGUUUAUGAGAGUCUAAAACUGGAUAUUCUUCGCAAAAGGGACUUGGAGCUUCUGGCGGUUCUAUUGUGUAAUAUUGCCAAUUUCCUGGGUGAGGAAAGCUAUUUAGAUCAUUAUGUUCGUGAUUUUCCUAGUAUUUCUAAGAAAUUUGGGAUGGACAUGACUUCCUGCUCCUGGAAAAUUCCUCCCAGUUUAUUCCGAUGGCUUGAAAACUGUUUGCAACAUGGAAGUAGCGUUGCUAAUAUUGAUGAUCUACCAUAUUUAAUUUGUAAAGACGGGAGUCCUGUUGUAAGUUGGGCCCGGAAGAUAGUUUCCUUUUAUAGCUUAUUAUCUGGUGCUAAACGGAUUGGGAAAAAGCUUUCAACUGGUGUUUACUGUAACAUUGCCAUGGGAUCACAUUGCACACAUGAGGAGCUCACAGUUUUGGCAAUGGUUGGGGAAAAUUUUGGACUGCAACAGCUAGACUCACUGCCAUCUGGUGUAUCCCUUCCUUUGCGACAUGCAUUGGAUAAGUGUCGGGAAUCUCCUCCCUCCGACUGGCCUGCAGCUGCAUAUGUUCUUCUUGGUCGAGAAGAUUUGGCUUUGUCUUGCUUGGCAUGCUCAUGCAAAUCAAGGGAACUUGAGACGCAAACCAAUGUGAAUUUGAUCUCUAUGUCUACACCUUACAUGCUACAUUUGCAUCCAGUUACAAUUCCUUCUGCAGUUUCUGAUACAAUUGGGUUGGAAAGUACCAAAUUUGAAGAUACCGAUUCUGUUGAUGGGUCUAUGACAGAUGGUAUGGAGCAUAUCUUCAACUCUAGCACACAGUUGAGAUAUGGUCGUGAUCUGCGAUUGAAUGAGGUUCGACGCCUUUUGUGCUCUACAAGACCUGUGGCGAUUCAAACAGCUGUUAACCCUAGUGCCUCUGAUCAGGACCUCCAACAGGCUCAGCUAUGGAACCUUGCUCAGAGGACCACUGCUCUUCCUUUUGGUCGGGGGGCAUUUACUCUUGCAACCAUAUAUACUCUGUUAACAGAGGCCUUUACAGUUCCGAAGCUUGUUUUAGCAGGUCGGUUGCCUGCCCAACAAAAUGCAACUGUUAAUCUAGACCCGAACUUACGAAAUAUUCAAGAAAUUAAAUCUUGGCCUGAGUUUCACAAUGCUGUUGCUGCUGGACUAAGGCUGGCCCCCCUUCAGGGGAAAAUGUCAAGAACUUGGAUAAUAUAUAACAAACCUGAGGAACCAAAUGCUGUUCAUGCUGGGCUUCUUCUUGCAUUAGGAUUACAUGGAUAUUUGCGUGUUUUGAAUCUUACUGACAUAUACCAGUAUUAUCAGCAGGAACAUGAGAGCACAACUGCAGGAAUAAUGCUUGGCCUGGCAGCUUCUUAUAGGGGAACAAUGCAACCGGGGAUAUCAAAAUCUCUUUAUCUUCACAUACCUUCUCGUCAUCCAUCUUCCUUUCCAGAGUUGGAGUUACCAACCCUUCUGCAGUCAGCAGCAUUAAUGUCAGUUGGACUUCUUUAUGAAGGGUCAGCACAUCCACAAACAAUGCAGAUUUUAUUGGGUGAAAUUGGUCGUAGAAGUGGAGGUGAUAACGUACUUGAAAGGGAGGGUUAUGCAGUUUCGGCAGGAUUUUCAUUGGGUCUUGUUGCAUUGGGUCGGGGUGGAGACACACUUGGUUGCAUAGACUCAAUGGUUGAUCGAUUGUUCCACUAUAUUGGUGGCAAAGAAGCUCGUAAUGAACGAUCUCUUUUCUUGUCCCUAUUAACAGAGGAACAAAAUCGUGGAACUGCUCAGAUGAUGGAUGGAACAUCAGUAAAUGUUGAUGUUACAGCACCAGGAGCUACAAUUGCUCUUGCUUUAAUGUUUUUAAAGACUGAAUCAGAGGCAAUUAUGUCAAAGCUUUCUAUACCUAAUACGCGUUUUGACUUGCAAUAUGUGAGGCCUGACUUCAUAAUGCUUCGUGUCAUUGCUCGGAAUUUGAUAAUGUGGAGCAGGAUUCAUCCUUCUAAAGAUUGGAUUCAGUCCCAGAUUCCUGAAAUUAUCCAAAAUGGUGUCAAGGGCCUUAGGGAUGAUUUUGGUGAUAUUGAUGAUAUGGAUGCAGAAGCGUUUGUCCAGGCUUAUGUUAAUAUAGUGGCUGGAGCAUGUAUUUCUCUUGGGUUAAGGUUUGCUGGUACAAAGAAUGGAAAUGCACAGGAAUUACUCUAUGAAUAUGCUGUCUACUUCCUUAAUGAGAUCAAGCCUGUUUCUGCUACAAGUGGAAACACCUUCCCAAAGGGAUUGUCUCAUUACAUUGAUCGGGGCACAUUAGAGAUAUGCCUUCACCUAAUUGUUCUCUCCCUCUCUGUGAUUAUGGCUGGUUCUGGACAUCUACAAACCUUUCGAUUGUUGAGAUUUCUCCGCAGCAGAAAUUCUGCUGAUGGGCAUGCCAAUUAUGGUAUUCAGAUGGCAGUAAGCUUAGCAAUCGGCUUCUUGUUUCUUGGGGGAGGAAUGCGGACAUUUUCAACAAGCAACAGCUCUGUUGCUGCUUUACUGAUCACUCUUUAUCCGCGCUUGCCUACUGGACCAAAUGACAAUCGAUGCCACCUUCAGGCAUUCCGGCAUUUGUAUGUCCUUGCAACGGAGGCUCGCUGGAUCCAGACAGUUGAUGUUGAUACUGGUCUACCGGUGUAUGCUCCUCUUGAAGUUACAACUAGGGAAACUGAACUUUAUGCAGAAACAAGUUUUUGUGAGGUUACCCCUUGCCUUCUGCCAGAACGUGCUGUUCUGAAGACAAUACGUGUUUGUGGCCCUCGGUACUGGUCUCAAGUAAUAGAUCUUUGCCCUGAAGAUAGACCUUGGUGGACUUUCAGGGACAAGAAUAACCCAUUCAAUUCUGGUGUUCUGUAUAUCAAACGAAAGGUUGGAGCUUGUUCAUAUGUUGAUGAUCCUGUAGGCUGUCAGUCUCUUCUGUCACGAGCAAUGCACAAGGUAUUUGGCUUGACAAGUUCAACAACAUUUGAUCCAAGUAUUAGCAGUGGCAGUGGACCUGGUUCCAUUACAGUUGAUCAGUUGGUCAGUACCUUCUCAUCUGAUCCUAGCUUAAUUGCUUUUGCACAGCUCUGCUGUGACCCUUCCUGGAAUAGCAGAUCCGAUGUUGAUUUCCAGGAAUUUUGCUUGCAAGUAUUAUUUGAGUGUGUGAGUAAGGACAGACCAGCUCUUCUACAGGUGUAUUUGUCACUUUAUACAACAAUUGCGUCUAUGGCUGAUCAGGUUAUGAGUGGUACUGUUGUUUUAAGUGACUCAAUCUUUAUCUCUAGUCUAAAGCUUGCACUAACCUACACUGAGGCUCUGUUGAGUGGAAGAUUGACCACUUCUAGAGGUGGCAUUGUUCAAUCUAAAUUUAUAGGGUCUCUUAGGAAGAGGGUGGAUGAGCUCCUAAAUUUUUCGCCAGGAUUGAAGGAUGAUUUUUGUAAUUAUUUGAACUCUGGGAAAUGGCCUAUUAUGGAAUCUGAGAGAGAGAAAAGUGCAAUACUUCUUUCAUGGUACCUUCAGUGGUUUGGAGUACCGGCUCCAUUUGUGAUUAAGACAGCAGCAGAGAGAAUCAAACCUAAGCUCAUGUCAUCAUCUUUAACUCCCUUCUUGCGUUUGUUAUUUCCAAGCACUCACAUCAAUGCUAUUGGUGAGAUAGAUAAGUUCUUGUCUUGUUAGUCGGUUGCAUGAGUCUUACAUUAUGUUUCAUUGAAGAAAGGGCAUUGCUGUAUUUGGACUCUAUUGAUAUCUUGGUGAGUUAUAAUAGUUCUUUUAGGAAUUUUGCAAGUUGGGUUUUACAAAAAGGAA